GUGGUGGCGGCGAGGCGGCGGCGGCGGAGCAGCCAUGGGAGCCGACGCGCGGCCUUUGGGGGAGCGCGCCGCCGGCGGCCGGGGCGCAGCGUGGCCCUGGACGAGCUCCGGUGCACCGUGCCCACCGCUCCCACUUCUUUCCUUCCUUUUUUUGUUCUUGGCUGCGCCCAGCGUUCGGGCCGCGGGAUACGAGACAUGCCCCACGGUGAAGCCGAACAUGCUCAAUGUGCACCUGGUGGCCCACACACAUGAUGACGUGGGCUGGCUCAAGACAGUGGACCAGUACUUUUACGGCAUCCACAAUAGAAUCCAACAUGCAGGUGUUCAGUACAUCCUAGACUCUGUCAUCGCUUCCCUGCUGGCGGAGCCCACCCGUCGCUUCGUCUAUGUGGAGAUGGCCUUCUUCUCCCGUUGGUGGCAUCAACAGACAAAUGCAACACAGGAUGUUGUGCGGGACCUGGUGCGCCAGGGGCGCCUGGAGUUUGCCAACGGUGGCUGGGUGAUGAAUGACGAGGCGGCCACCCACUACGGAGCCAUCAUAGACCAGAUGACACUAGGGCUCCGCUUCCUUGAGGACACGUUUGGCAACGACGGGCGCCCCCGUGUGGCCUGGCACAUUGACCCGUUUGGCCAUUCUCGGGAGCAGGCCUCACUGUUUGCGCAGAUGGGCUUUGACGGCUUCUUCUUCGGGCGCCUGGAUUACCAAGAUAAAUUGGUGCGGAAGAUGAACCUUGAGAUGGAGCAGGUGUGGCGGGCCAGUGCCAGCCUGAAGCCCCCGACCGCCGACCUCUUCACCAGUGUGCUCCCCAACAUGUACAACCCACCGGAGAACCUGUGCUGGGACGUCCUGUGUGCUGACAAACCCAUCGUGGAUGACCGCCGCAGCCCUGAGUACAACGCCAAAGAGCUGGUUGAUUACUUCCUAAAGUUAGCCAAAGACCAGGGCCAGUUCUACCGCACCAACCACACUGUGAUGACCAUGGGUUCGGACUUCCAAUAUGAGAAUGCCAACAUGUGGUUCAAGAACCUUGACAAGCUCAUCCAGCUGGUCAAUGCCCAGCAGCAGGCCAAUGGGAGCCGUGUCAACGUUCUCUACUCCACUCCGGCCUGCUACCUCUGGGAGCUGAACAAGGCCAAGCUCACCUGGUCGGUGAAACAGGAUGACUUCUUCCCCUAUGCCGAUGGCCCCCACAUGUUCUGGACUGGCUACUUUACCAGCCGGCCGGCCCUCAAACGCUACGAGCGCCUCAGCUAUAACUUCCUGCAGGUCUGCAACCAGCUGGAGGCACUGGCAGGUCCAGCGGCCAACAUGGGACCCUAUGGCGCUGGAGACAGUGCACCCCUCAAUGAGGCAAUGGCUGUGCUCCAGCACCACGAUGCAGUCAGUGGGACCUCCAAGCAACAUGUGGCCGAUGACUACGCUCGCCAGCUGGCAGCUGGCUGGAAACCCUGUGAGGUUCUCCUGGGCAACGCGCUAGCGCGGCUCAGCGGCUCCAAGGAGGUGUUCUCUUUCUGCCACAAUCUCAACACCAGCCUGUGUCCGCUCAGCCAGACUUCAAAGAGCUUCCAGGUGAUCGUUUAUAACCCUUUGGGGCGGAAAGUAAAUUGGAUGGUGCGGCUUCCAGUCAGCAAACACGUUUUCCUUGUGAAGGAUCCCAGUGGUGCAGUUGUGCCCAGCGAUGUGGUGACGAUGCCCAGCUCAAAUGUACAGGAGCUGCUUUUCUCAGCCUCAGUGCCUGCCCUCGGCUUCAGCAUCUACUCAGUAACCCAGGUACCUGACUGGAGCCCACGGGCUCGCCCCCCUGAGCCCAGAUUCCGGAAGUCCUUGUCUUGGAUCAAGUCCUCUUCUCACGUCAAGUCCUCAUUACAUGUCAAGCCCUCGUCCCGUGACUUGACCAUCCAAAAUGAGUACAUCUCGGCCAGGUUUGACCCUGACACGGGGCUCUUGGUGGAGAUGAAGAACCUGGAGCAGGACCUCCUGCUGCCUGUUCGCCAGGCCUUCUACUGGUACAACGCCAGUACAGGAAACAAACUAAGCUCCCAGGCCUCAGGUGCCUACAUCUUCAGACCCAACCGACAGGAACCACUGUUCAUCAGCCGUUGGGCUCAAACCCGCCUGGUGAAGACGGCCUUGGUGCAGGAGGUGCACCAGAACUUCUCAGCCUGGUGUUCCCAGGUGGUUCGCCUGUACCCGGGACAGCGGCACCUGGAGCUGGAGUGGACGGUGGGACCAAUACCCGUGGGUGAUGGCUGGGGGAAGGAAGUCAUCAGUCGUUUUGACACUACGCUGAAGACAAAGGGACUCUUCUUCACCGACAGCAAUGGCCGGGAGAUCCUGGAGAGGAGGCGGGAUUAUCGUCCCACCUGGAAGCUGAACCAGACUGAGCCAGUGGCAGGAAAUUACUAUCCAGUCAACAGCCGCAUUUACAUUACGGAUGGGAACAUGCAGCUGACAGUGCUGACUGACCGCUCCCAGGGGGGCAGCAGCCUGAGCGAUGGCUCCAUAGAGCUCAUGGUGCACCGAAGGCUUCUGAGAGACGACGAUCGCGGAGUUGGGGAGCCCCUGCUAGAGACAGAGAAUACGGGGUUGUGGGUACGAGGGCGGCACCUCGUGCUGCUGGACAAGGCCCGGACCGCGGCCGUAGGGCACCGGUUGCAGGCGGAAAAGGAGCUCUUGGCCCCGCAGCUUGUGCUGGCCAGGGGCGGCGGCACCCCCUACCACUUGGAGGUCUCCCCGCGCAAGCAGUUCUCGGGAUUGCGGCGCGAGCUGCCGCCCAAUGUGCACCUGCUCACACUAGCCCGCUGGGGCCCGGAAAUGCUGCUGCUGCGCUUGGAGCACCAGUUCGCCCUAGGGGAGGACAUGGUCGGCAACUUGAGCUCUCCAGUUACCUUGGACUUGAGGGACCUGUUCUCUGCCUUCACCAUCACCGACCUUAAGGAGACCACGCUGGCUGCCAACCAGCUCCGGGCCAGGGCCUCCAGGCUCCAGUGGACACCGAACACGGGCCCCACACGCAAGCCCUCUCACCCCCGGCUGGACCCUGCCAGCAUCACACUGCAGCCCAUGGAAAUCCGCACAUUCCUGGCCUCCGUCCAAUGGGAAGAGGAGAGCUAGACCUGCUGGGGGCAGGCUGCCCCCUUUCCAGCUGAGCCCCCUCCUGCAGGGGUCAGGCCACCUUUCUCUUCUCUUCUUGCUGCUGUUACACCAGUGAAAGCCAUUAAAAUGCCACUACCAAGCCUGG